UACUUGUAAAGACUAUGUAAAUUCGUCUUCAAAUAGACCUAACGAACAAACUUUUGCAUCAUCCUAAUUUUACAUGAUUAUAACAUUUUACUAUUAUCUACAAUAAUGAUCCAAUUAAUAGCGAUAUCGUCAAAGAGAAAAUCCUGAUUAAUGUUGGUUAUCUUUUUCUCAACAGAUGGUGCUGAAUGCCUUUUGAAUGUUCUCAGCUCUUAGCAUGGCAUCCUCGAAGCAUACAGUCACGCAAGGUACAGUGGCCCGAGUGAUUCGGUAGCGUACGAUUCCAGCUUCAGCUGCGGCUUCUCGCGCGUUUCGCGUUACACAGGAAUCGAGCAAUCUGAAACACCUAAAACGAAAAAGAGAGCCAGAGAGAGAGAGAGAGCGAGCGAGCGACAGCGUGUCCAAGUGUUACGCAGCGAUGCCUCACCCAGAAUCGGCACGGAUGCCGUUGCGAUCAGUCAGGUUGCUUCGACGGCUGCAGGGAUUCGCGAUGUAGCCCUCCUCCUCUUCCUCCUCCUCCUCAUCAUCUUUCUCUCCCAACCCCCCCUCUGCUAGUCCGAGGAAAACAUUCUCUCUCGCGUUGGUAUCGUUGUAACAUCCCGAUCACAUCGAUGCGUCGUCACGCAACAUCGUCGACGGGAUCUCGCACAACAACGGAUCUGGACCGCCUUGUCGAGUCACCUGCGACUACCUGCGUUCCUCUUCAUAGUCCUAAUCAUUGUCAUCUGCAAGAAGUGCCUUCUCUCGAUUACCAAGUCGGCCGCCCGAUCACACGGAAGGCCACAACCGUGUUUCAUCUGUCCCGGCGAUGAACGCGACGAUCUUACCUAUAUACAUCUUUAUAUAAGCCUGCAUUAUGCGCCUGGAAAUGUAUCAAUUAAUUGCACAUACAACAAAAAUGCGUCACGAUUGCUGAGACGCAUCGAAGAGCGCAAGAAACAAACAAAAACUGUCGUCCGAGUGAUCUGAAUCAGACUGGCAAACUUCGAUACAUAACCUAAAAGACAUAAUGUCCCAGCUAAAUAUCAGCACGGGUAAGCGAGGCAGGGGGAUAGCGAGUACCUCCGCGUCGACGGUAUCUGCUUUGAGUAGUUCCACCGAUUUGGCAAGUCUCUUUGAGUGCCCUGUUUGUUUCGACUACGUGCUUCCACCGAUCUUACAAUGUCAAAGCGGGCAUCUCGUUUGCACAAAUUGCCGACCAAAACUCUCCUGUUGCCCCACAUGCAGGGGUCCGCUAGGUAACAUUCGUAAUCUGGCUAUGGAAAAAGUGGCGAGUAAUGUGAUGUUCCCUUGUAAAUAUUCUACUAGUGGCUGUACAGUUUCGCUGGUGCAUACUGAGAAGGCAGAUCACGAGGAUGCAUGCGAGUUCCGUCCAUAUAGUUGUCCUUGUCCAGGUGCAUCCUGUAAAUGGCAGGGAUCGUUGGAACAAGUAAUGUCGCAUCUUAUGAUGAGCCACAAAAGUAUUACAACAUUACAAGGAGAAGACAUUGUCUUUUUGGCAACUGAUAUUAACCUUCCUGGAGCUGUGGAUUGGGUGAUGAUGCAAUCUUGUUUUGGCCAUCAUUUUAUGUUAGUGCUUGAGAAACAAGAGAAAUAUGAUGGACAUCAGCAGUUUUUUGCAAUUGUACAAUUGAUUGGUUCACGGAAACAAGCAGAGAACUUUGCUUACAGAGAUUAUAUGGGUGGUACAAAAUACAUGGGCACAGAGAAUUUAAACAACAAAAUUGUUAUUGUGACAGGAGCUAAUACUGGUAUUGGAAGAGAGAUAGCCUCAGAAUUAGCCAAACGUGAUGCAAAAGUUAUUAUGGCAUGCAGAGAUAUGAAAAAAUGUGAAGAGGCACGCCAAUCUAUCGUAAUUGACACAAGGAACAAGUAUGUUUACUGUAGAAAGUGUGACUUAGCAUCACAAGAAAGCAUUAGAACAUUUGUCGAACAGUUUAAAAAAGAAUUUGAUAAGCUUCAUAUACUUAUCAAUAAUGCUGGUGUAAUGAGAUGUCCAAAGAGUUAUACUAAGGAAGGGAUUGAGAUGCAGCUAGGAGUCAAUCAUAUAGGACAUUUCUUGCUCACAAAUUUAUUUUUAGAUGUUUUAAAAGCAUCUGCACCAUCUAGAAUUGUAAAUGUCUCAAGUGCCGCUCAUCGUAGAGGUCAAAUAAAUAUGACAGAUUUAAAUAGCGAUAAAGAGUAUGAUGCUGGCAAAGCUUAUGCGCAAAGUAAAUUAGCCAUAAUUUUUUUCACUAGAGAAUUAGCAAACAGAUUGAAAGGAACCAAUGUUACUGUGAAUGCUGUUCAUCCUGGUAUAGUGGAUACGAAUAUAACGCGACAUUUGUUUGUAUAUAAUAACUUUUUCACACGAAUAUUUCUGAAACCAUUUGCUUGGCCGUUUAUUAGAGCUCCUUUUCAAGGAGCGCAAACUAUUUUGUAUGCAGCAUUAGAUACAAGUCUUGCAAAUGUUUCUGGCUGUUAUUUUGAUAAUUGCGAAAUCAAAGAAGUAUCAGACGAAGCCAAAAAUGAUAAUCUGGGAAAAUGGUUAUGGAAAGUUAGUGAAAGAUGGACAAAAUUAGAUAUGCAAUUAAGGUGAAUGUUUAUGAGAAGCGGAAAUGUGUGCUCGAUGCGCAAGCGCAGAAAACAAUGUGACAUGGUAGCCAAUCAACCUUUCGCUCUUACGGAAAAGUGAUGGUGACAAGUUGAUUGGCCAUCAGAUCGCUUUUGGAUCGCGACAAACAUUUCCGCGUCCUAUCUGUGCGACUCAUUUUUGUGGCUGUCAAGAUAAAUUACAAAAGUGAAAGGUUAAGAGUACCGUGUUAUUCUUGCGCAUAAUUAAGAAAAUUCUAAUAUUUAUGAGAAAACUGCCAAUGUGGCCGUUCUCAGAUUAUUCUUUGAUUAUAGUAAGUCACGUUUCAAGAA